CGUCCAGCCGCUGGGAGACGAGGGCUGGGCCCGGGCCCGGAGGAGGGACGGGGACUGGAGGCUGAGCUGGAGGUCGGUCCUGGCCCCGCGGCCUUGGCAUUCCCAGGCCCCGGCCGGACUUCCUGGGCUGCUGUUCGGGCUGGCUAAUGAUUAACAGGAAAUAUGCGGGGCAGCAGCCACCUCCAGGGAGCCAGCGCCUGUGGCUGGCAGAGGCCACCUCUGUGUUUAGAGCCUGGCCUAUGACGUGACAGACUGUUUCAUUAGGGACUUCCUGUUAAUUGCUGAGGUCGGGUCAGGAUUCUCUGGUGGCCGGAUUGAAUUUAUUCCUGUGUUUGUGUGGAGUGAGGACAGAGGCCAAAAAGCCUCUGGAAACUGAGAACCUUCCCUGAAGCCCCGAAGAGAAGACCUACCUGCGGAGGGUGCGGACGAACAUGCGGAGAUGGACGGCAGCUGGCGAGGUGUCCUGGCCGCGCUGGUCAUCGUGGCUCGCCUACCAGCUUCUGGAUCCAGCAACCAAAUCAUAGAAGGACCCCGGAACACCACGGUGCUGGUGGGUGGGGAGGCCCACUUCAACUGCACCGUCUCGCAGGGCUGGCGGCUCAUCAUGUGGGCUCUGAAUGGCACCGUGGUCCUGAGCGUCACACCCAAGGAGCCCAUCAUCACCAGUGACCGCUUCACCUCUGCGAGUUAUGAGGAGGGCGAUAACUUCAUCUCGGAGAUGAUAAUCCAUGACGUGAAAUUCAGCGAUGCUGGACGCGUCAAAUGCAGCCUCCAGAACAGUGACAGCGAGGGGUCCGCUUUCCUUUCCGUCCAAGUUGUGGGUGAGCUGGUCACCCCCAGAGACAGUCUCGUAGUCACGGAGGAUGAACCUUGUAAUGUGACUUGCCGUGCGGUGGGCUGGACCCCCCUCCCCGACCUUUCCUGGGAGAUUGGCGCCCCAGUGAGUCACUCCAGCUACCACUCCGUGCCGGAGCCGGACGACCCUCAAAGCGCACUGAGCAUCCUGGCUCUGACGCCACAGGGCAACGGGACGUUGACGUGUGUGGCCAAAAUGAAGGGGCUUCAGGUCCGAGAUUCUCUCACAAUAAACCUUACCGUGGUUCCCCCGGGCAGGGUCGAUGUGGCAGAUACCUCGUUGCCUACCUGGGCCAUAGCCCUACUUGCUGUAUCGCUUUCAUUGCUUUUCAUCCUGAUCAUCAUUCUGAUUAUAAUAUUCUGCUGCUGCUGUGUCUCCAGGAAGCAGGAAAAAGAAUCCAGUUAUCAAAGUGAAGUAAGGAAACCUCCAAAUGUGAAGGCAAACAAGGAAACUCUUGAGCCAAAGUUAAGAAGUGGAAAUGAAAACUAUGGAUACAGUUUGGACGAGCAGAGGACCAAACAGACCGCCUCUCUCCCUCCGGAGCCGCAGUAUGCCAGCGGUCCCCAGCAGCAGAGCAGCGGGCAAGCUCAGCAGGGUUCCGAUCACCACCAGCCGGGCCCAACGAGCCGCCCACAGGUUACCUUGUGCAUGGCCGGCCCUAGACAGGUCAGGAACGUGACUUUAGUGUAGGAAAGAUGCUGCAUGUGGCCCACGACUUGCGUCGAGAUGAGGUCAGCGCUGCUCUCUGUUGUCCUGAGGCCCCAGCUCCUCCAGUGUCACCUGGAAGAAGCGAUGCUGGAAUCCUCGAAUGGAGUAUUUCACAGCCAGAGAAGGAAUUGCUCUUCCCAACUUCCAAAGUAGAAUUCAACUUUUAAUGUGUUUCAAGAUUUCAGUUAAUUCCAUCAAGUUCCUAAGUAAGAGCUACACAUGGGUGACGAUAAUGUGUCUCGUCACUGCACACUCCUGUUCGUGGGUCUAAGAGGUGAUAGCUAAGUCCGUGCCCUCCCCUGACCUCAAAAGUAUUUUCAUUGCCCUGCAUCGCAUGGAGAUUAUGUUGAUGUAUGUGUAAUAUGUGGGCAUUAUCAUCAGUGAAAGAAGAGGACAACAAUUAAGAUGUCAGACAUCUAAAGUUGCCUGGAAAG